ACUUCAAUGGCGAGGGAGGUGUGGGCAUGAUGAACGGAGUGGGUAGCUAUGGAAGUGGGUUUUUCGGCGCUGCAUCCACCGGCGUGGUAGAAAGUUCAACAUCGGUAGCUAGUGACUACAGCAGCAGUAGUACCAGCUGUUUUUACGCCYCCAAUGCUGCACAGGGAGCACCAACRGCUGGUGUUGUUAAUCCAACAACAAUGUUGUCCAAUUACUGUGACGCAGCUAUGAUGAUGGCAGCGGCGGCGGUGAAUGCCAAUCAAUGCCUUCAACAACACCACCGAAUGUUGCUCGCCAAUAGCGCUGGCAGCAGUCACAAUCUUGCGAACGGUCACAAUAGCCACGACUGCAGUGACGAUAUUGACGGAGGUCCGAUCAUGCCAGCCACAUCCAUAUCGGCAGUGACAUCACCGACAACUUCGACGGUAUCCACGAGCGCUUCUGCCCCAAUGUCUACUGUCAAUUCAUCCGCCACUAGCAUCAGUCAACAAUACCAGCAGCAGACCCAACGCUGUCCCUCAACUGCGCAUCCACCCAUCCAGCCGCAUAUGCACAUUCACGACCUCCAGGGGCAGCAACAAYUGCAAACGCAGCUGACAUCUUCACCAAACCUAAUCGAUAUCAGCGAAGUUCCUCUCGUUGUCGACGUCAAGUAAAUAUAGUGUAGUUGUAAUUGCGGUUCAAAGGAAAGCAGCUUAAAUAGAUUUCAAAAAUUUACGUUAAAAAUUGACCUAAACAAAAACUCAAAAAAAAAAAAAAAUACAAAAAAAAACUAGAAGCUGAUGUGAAGACAUGUAAAAUUAGCAUAAAUUUUUACUCUUUAGAGUUGUUAAAGCGCAAUUUUUUAGAAAUUUAAUCAUUGUCAUGCAUUUGUAAAUAUUUUAAUAACUAAUAUUUAUAGUAAUUUAUUUAUUGAAGUUAUACAAAUGGUUUUCCAAAACUAUGAAACUUGAAGCCAAAAAUUAAAAUAAAAGUAUUGACUUGCUUUGAAGCUGCAACAAUUACAAAAUAGUAAUAGUCCAACCGUUUGAGGAUGAAUUAAAGUUUUUGUAGACGCUCUCGAACGAUGGUAACGCCUUAGCUAAGGAAUCUCCUAAAAUGAGGCUGAUAAUAAUCAYUACCGGAAAAGUAGUAUUUUGCUCUGAACCUAAUUUGCGGGAAAGAUAUGGUGGCUUCAAGUGACAUACUCUUUGAAAAAAAUAAUAGAAGCUUCAGAGUCUCGUUAAACGAAACUUUGAAUGUUAUCUUAAAAGGUAAAAUG